AGGGGCUCAAGGCACGCAGCAGCGGCGCUGGUUGGACAUGAGGCUCGCUUUGGAGGAGGAUCGCGUCCAAGUUUGGAGCCAAAGUCAGUGGAUUACCCUCCUGCUCAGGAUGAGAGCCCUGGCCCUGGCCCUGCUCUGCCUGGGCUGGGUCUCCCUUUGGGGGCUGGAAGCUGCGCAGCCGGACCUCGCCUCGGGCUUCAAGAGAAAGUGGGGCAAGUGGCAGCAACAGCAGCAGCGGAGGGCCAGGAGGGAGCUGCCCUCUGCCGCUCUCUUCGGCGGAGCCCCGGCGGCUGAAGCCAACCUGCUCCCGGCCUCGGCUUCCAAGCCCUUCGUCCGCCCGCAGGAGGCCAAGGACCAGCCCAGCCAUCCAGAGGACUCAGCCUGGCCAGGGGUGGCUCUUGUCCGGGUGAAGCGCUACCACCGCCAGGGAGCACCAUCCCUCUCGCAGCUGCAUGCUGUCCGGAGCGGGUGCCGCCUGGGCACAUGCAACACGGCCAACCUGGCACACAAGAUCUUCCACUUGACCGACAAGGACAAGGACAGCACGGCGCCGGCCAACAAGCUCAGUGCCCACGGCUAUGGACGCAGGAGGAGGAAGAGGAGGAGGAGGAGAUGAAGAAGAGGAGAAUGAAGAAGAAGAUGGAUGAAGGAGGCAGCAGCAGCAGGGCACGUGGACAAAGCGCCUUUGUCCCGGACAGGAGCUGAGUGCGAGAUGCCAGGGACCUCUCCUGCACUGACUCUCACACUGACUGACCCACCCCUGGAGGGGCUAAAGAGGUGCCACUACCAUCACCACCUUCACCACCUUCUUCUUUGGGGUGCAGUGAGAGGAGUCCAAGGACAUGGCGCCAAGGCUGCAGAGAGAAACCUUGCAAGUCCUCUCUUUUAGGGGUCCCUGGUUUAAGUGGGGUGGGGUGGCAUCCUCCCCCCCCCCCCCCCAGUUUUCUUUUCUUUCUUUUUGAACUCGGGCAGCAUGGGAGCAGCAAAGGUCCAAAACCCCACACUGCAGAAACAACCCACUUUCAGACCUGCUUUUUGUAUCCAUUGGUGGGACCAGUACCAACAGCUUUUCUCUUUUAACAAUUAAGGUCCCAAACACACUGCAGAAAUGAUCCACUUUGGGACUGCUUUAACUGCCCUGGCUCAAUGCUAGGGAAUCCUGGGAAGUGUCGUUUUGUGAGACGUUUGAGCCUUCCCUGUCAAAGAGCUCUAGUGCCACAAUAUGCUACAGUUCCCAGGAUUCCCUAGCACUGAGCCAGGGCAGUUGAAGCAGUCUCAAAGUGGAUUAUUUUUGCAGUGUGCUUGGGACCAAAGUUAUUUACUUACUCCAGUUUGAGACCCCUCCUUAACUGCCCUGGAUCAGUGCUAGGGAACCUUGGGGAUUGUACUCCACUGUGGACCCAGAGCUCUCUUGACACAGAAGGCUAAGUGUCUCACAGAACUACACAAUUCCCAGAACCCCCUAGCAUUGAACAAGGGCAGUUAAAGCAGUCUCAGACUGGAUUAUUUCUGCAGUUUUGGACCAAAAAAGUCAACCCGCAUUCAACUGGGAUUAUUUUCAUUCCCUAAAGCUGCAUCUGCACCGGAGAGAGAAUCCAGUUUGGCACUGGUUUAACUGCUAUGGAGUUUGUUACUACCAAGGCAAUUAAACCGGUGCCAAAGCCAUUGCCGACCGGUGCCAAACUGGAUAAUUUCUCCAGUAUGGCUGCAGAGUGGCUAACCCCAUUCCUGCCCCUUCCCCUCCCCUCUGCAGCCAGCCUGGGGCCGAGGGUCCCUCUCUCUUUCUCCCCAGUGUCAGGGAAUUGCCCCCCCCCCCCUUUCUCUAUCUCUCUCUGCUGCGGCAGGAACCGCAUUGAUGAUACUUGAACAGACUGGCCAGGCAAAGUGCAAUGGACUUGGGCGGGCGCCUGAGGCGGAGUGAGUGUUGUGGUUGCCUGGAUGGAAGACAGCCCCCUCCCCACUAUUUAAAGACCCUUCUCUGGUCCUUUAUAGCCUUUUAAAUGACAGAGUUAUUUUUAUAUAUUAUGUAUUUUGCAUAUGGGCAUUAUUGAUAUUAUAUAUAUAUAU